GAUCCAAUCCCUGACAUAGGCAGCAACGGAGACUAGGCUGGGGAUGACCUGCACCGGCGUUGUCCACUGGUCGUCCACCGCCGUCUAGACCCUGCGUAAUAUUUGUCGCCACGCCUUCAAGCUUCAUUCCUUUCAGAGCUGCGCUUUCUCGCUUGCUCGUCCUUUCCUUCUCUCCUUUCCCUACUCGAUCACCAUGGACUCGGAAUUCACCAAGGACAUCGCAGAACUGCUCCACCUUCCACGCCAAAAGACUCUGUCUUUCUAUAUUGUCUUUCUAACUGCCGUACUCCCUGUCUGGUCUGUUGUCCCUAUCUCAUGGGCUUUUGUUGCCUAUUCACUUCUUUCUGCUUCGCUAUGGACAUAUGCCUGGUACGGCAGAGCGCUGUUUGCGUGGGCGUUAUGUGAGGUCUUCUUUAGCGUGUAUCUCUAUAGUCUUGCACGCCUUAUAUCAGGAUCCUCUCCUCAUGGUCCUGCCAGUCUCAUCGAAUUGCAGUCUGCUUUCAAACGCUCUCUUCAGGCUGGUUUAGCGUUCUUGCCAGAGGAUGGUUCAGAUGAAGAAGGCGGCGUGAGACCAGGCAGUCCUACAGAAGAUAUUAUAGCUCUCGACUUCGAUGACCCACGUGCGGUCGACUUUCGUAACUAUAUGCGCACAUGGUAUGGUAAAGUUCCUUGGUCCUCAAUCCGGAAGCAUGAGGUGUAUGCGUGGCUUUCUUGGUCCAUCUACAACGCACCCUUCCCUUCUUUGGAAUCCCUCCCGGAAGAUGAACAAGAGAUCCUACGAAGUGCCAUGUCAAUGCUAGAGAAGCGUGCUGGAAUCGCCAUUCCAGAUGGUUCAAACCCGGACAGCAGCCCUCUCCUGCUCACUUUAGAUCCAAUCAAUGUUGCCUGGAGACCUUUCGUGUGGUACGCCUUCAUAGCGGUUGGCAACUCUGUCCUACGACAAUAUUUGAAAGUGAAGUGGCGUGCUAGCAUUGGUAAUUAUAAUGGUUUGGAAUACAUCCUCCGCAUGCCUCUGACUCGUUCGUGGUCGCCAGAAACAGGCCCUCACCCCAUUGUGUUCGUGCACGGUCUUGGCCUUGGACUUAUUCAAUACAAUAUUUUCCUCACGCAAUUGAUGGAAGCUAUUCCCGAUCGUCCGGUCUUGGUGCCUCUUCACCCUCACGCCAGUCAGGAAAUUUUCCACCCUCGUUUCUUGAAUCCCAUGAAUAGGCAUGAAUCUGCCGAUUGUCUGGCAGGCUUGCUGCGCGAGCUUGAUUGGGUAGAACAACAUAGAGCCGAUAAUGGAGAAAAGUUAGACGACGAACCGAAAGAUGGUCAGAGGCCAACUGGUGUUACCAUGGUUAGCCACUCAAAUGGUUCCUUUACGCAUGCUUGGCUUUUGAAAGCACACCCCGAGAUGAUCUAUCGUUCUUGCUUUGUUGACCCCGUGACGUUCUGCUCUUGGGAAGGAGAUCUUUGCUACAAUUUCAUAUAUAGACGUUGCGCAACGGGCCUCGAACUCCUCAUGAAGUACUUCGUCGGGAUGGAGCUAGGCGUAGCCAACUUCCUCCAACGUCAUUUCGACUGGAGUGCGAAUUCCUUAUGGUUCCAAGACAUCCCGAAUGCAUGCGAUCCUUCCAAAACAAAGUUCUUCCUCGGUGGGAAGGAUGACGUUGUCGACGCUGAGGUACGUGCUAUACCUUCUUCAUGGCGUGUGUAUACUCGCAUGCUCAUUGUGAAUUCGAUUUUGAAUAGCGUGUCAAACGUUAUCUCACUUCACACGGUAUACGUAAAGGUCUAUGGUUCGAUCCUCAUGGUCGACACGGAGAGGCACUCCUUUCUGGUGGCAAAGGCCACAAAGAAAUUUUACGAUGGUUACGCGAAGCCUCAUGAACAUCCCCGAUUUACGCAUAUCACACGGACUUCUUGCUCCGUGACUCGUGGAAGACAUGUUCAUAUUUACGCAUGGGCCACACUUUACGACCUCGGAUGACUUAUAGAUUUACUCUGUUCGGACUCGUUGAAUUGCUAUAUUAGAUGUAUUGUUCUUUUGUCGCAGUAUAAGCUUAGAAUCAUCGUUUUUCGAAUUGUAUGCCCCCCUUUUGAUACUGUACUACUUGGACUGUAAUGUUUGUAGCGAUAACAUUUUAGAUGUCAAUCAUUACCAAAGAACCUCGGGAAAACCUUCCCAGCGUUGCCAGCC